CUUGGUAAAGGAUGGACUACCCCACCCUACAAGGGGGGUUGGCAGCCAGGUAGGCCCAUAAAGAGGCCCCCUGAGGAGUGCUCCUCAUUCUCUGCUCUUCCUCCUCCUACACACAUCAGACCUAGUAGCUGCUGAAACCAUGGGCCUGGGUGUCCUGUGUCUGGCCCUUGUCCUGCUUGGGGUCCUGCAGAGCCAGGCCCAGGACUCAACUCAGAACUUGAUCCCUGCCCCACCUCUGAUCAGUGUGCCCCUGCAGCCAGGCUUCUGGAUGGAACGGUUCCAGGGCAGGUGGUACGUUGUCGGCCUGGCAGGCAAUGUGGUCCAGAAAGAAAGACAAAGCCGCUUUACGAUGUACAGCACCAUCUAUGAGCUGCAGGAAGGCAAUAGCUACAACGUCACCUCCAUCCUCGUCAGGGACCAGGGCUGUCGCUACUGGAUCAGAACAUUCGUUCCAAGCUUCAGGCCUGGCCAGUACACCCUGGGGAAUAUUCACAGCUACCCUCAGAUACAGAGCUACGACGUGCAAGUGGCCGACACCGACUACAACCAGUUCGCCAUGGUAUAUUUCCAGAAGACCUCUGAAAACAAACAGUACUUCAAAGUCACCCUGUACGGAAGAACCAAGGGGCUGUCCGCUGAACUGAAGGAGCGAUUCGUCGACUUUGCCAAGUCUCUGGGCCUCAAGGAUAACAACAUCGUUUUCUCUGUCCCCACCGAGAGGAGGAAGCAGCAGGAUGGAGCCUCGUACAUAUCCCAAGUUCUAGGGGGCCAGGGUCUCUACUGCCUGACCUUCUGUACGUCCUCGCGCUCCGCUGACCGCGGUCACUGCGGCCUGGAGAGGGGCGGGGCUCAGAAGCGAGAGAAGGAGGAGCCUGAGAGCGGACGGGGCGGAGCCAUGUUUGUGGGCGUGAUAGAGCGCCGAAGCAGGGAGGAGGCGGAGCUCAAAGGGCGUGGUAGCGCCGAGGCCUAG